AUGGCUGCCACACCAAAGCCUGGUAGAAUGAGAAGUUCAUACGAUGUUGGAGUAGGAGGGUUUAUCUUAGUGGCUCGAGAAUGCUGGUUCCAUUGUAGGUAUACUUAGGCAAAGCUAAGAAUCCAGGAAAGAAUUGCCAGAGAAGGAAUUAAAAAUAAGAUUUUAUAUGAAAGUACCCACUUUGAUCCUGAAAGAAAACAAAUCUAUGGCAACAGCAGCAGUUGA